UUCCUCAGCGGCUGGAGGUGGCUGCGCGCGGGGCGGCGGCGGCGUUCAGUGGACACUGGGCGUGCAGCCUGGUUGCUGCCACGCUCCGCCUGAAGGUUCCGAUGGCCAAGGAGACGCUGGGGGUGACCUUUGAGGACGUGGUUGUGUACUUCUCCCGGGAGGAGUGGAGUCUCCUUAAUUCCACCCAGAGGAGCCUGUACCGUGAUGUGAUGCUGGAAAACUUUGCCCUCAUUGUCUCGCUGGGAUUUGUACCUUCAAGAUCCCAUGUGGUGGCCCAACUGGAGGGUGAAGAAGAGCUCCAGAUGGCCAACAUGGUGGGCAUUACUCUGAUUCGCAGAGCGGAAGCCGGGAAGGGUCCUGGUCUCGGUUGUCCCUGUAAACUGGAUGGUGGGGAGGCCCCUCCUCAACAGGUAAGGAGCUGCAGAGUCCACCUGUCAGAGCAGCACCUUCUGGGUGGGGAGACUGUGAAAGACAUCCCUGCCGCCUUAGGCCCCCUCCAGCUCCAGGCCACCCACAGCGAGGCGGAGCCGUGCAGGAGUCCGGGGCGCGGGGAGCCCUUCCUGCCCGGCCCCAGUCGCAAGCAGCAGCAGCAGGGAGACCACACCACACAGAAGUCCUUCAAGUGCAGCGGCUGCAGAAAAGCCUUCCCAAAGGCCUUCACGCUCCUUGACCACCUGGUAACUCGCUGUGAAGAGAGACCUUUUAGGUGGCCAAAAGGUAGAAAUGUCCCCAAGGAGAACUCAGCCCUUCGUCACCGAAAAAUCCACACUGCAGAGUCAUCCAACGUGUGUAAUGAGUGUGGAAAGGCCUUCAGUUACCCGUCUAAACUAAGGAAGCACCAGAAGGUUCACACAGGCAUAAAACCUUUCAAGUGUGGUGAGUGUGGAAAAACUUUCAACCGCAAAGACGCCCUUGUUCUGCACCAGAGGAUCCACACUGGAGAAAGGCCCUACGCCUGCAGCGAAUGCGGCAAAGCCUUCAGCGUCCUGUCCACUCUCAUUCGGCACCGGAAAGUUCACAUUGGAGGCCGACCGUAUGAAUGCCGGGAAUGUGGGAAGUUCUUUAAAUACAGCCAGAGCUUCAUUCUGCACCGGAGAGUUCACACUGGAGAAAAGCCUUACGAGUGCAAGCAGUGUGGGAAGGCAUACGUGACCCGCUCGGGCCUGUACCAGCACUGGAAGGUCCACACUGGAGAACGGCCCUACGAGUGUGGCCUGUGUGGGAAGACCUUCACCACCAGGUCCUACCGCAACCGGCACCAGCAGUUCCACACGGAGCAGAGGCCCUAUGAGUGCACGGAGUGCGGGAAAGCCUUCAAACACAGUUCUACCCUCCUUCAGCACAAGAAAGUCCACACUGGAGAAAGGCCGUAGGGGGAGAGGAUGCAGGAAGGCCUUUCACCAUAGCUGGCACCUCACUCAACAGGGAGGGCGUCUCUGCAGAAAGGAGAUUGGGGAGAGGAGCCCCUUGAAAGCUGAACUGGGUACAUCCCGUCACUCCUGCUGUCGGGGUUCCAGGUACGUGGGAAGGUUGAGAGCUGCGUUGCACUCUGACCUGCACAGGCUGUGACAGAAGCCGUCACACCUCUGCCACCUGGCACCUCUCCACGGUGCAUUGUCACCCUAAUGUGCUCAGGGACAGCAGACGUCCAUGCACCCUGCUGUGUGCAGAACAGAGUCAUGAAUGGUGGAGCCCAUGUUGGGCCUUAUUUUCCUGAGUGGUUUACAUGUGGACACACCUACCUGGGGCCAACAACUUAGCUAAGCAGUGUCUACAGCGGACAUCUGGGGAAGGUGAACCAGUGUCGUGGACGCUGUUGACACUACAUGCGGUACCUGUUGUGGGUUUACCCAGCCCUGGAACUGUCUCACUGCUCUGCAAGGCACAGCAAUAAAGGUCUUAUUACUUAAGUCA